CUUAAAGGAUUUAUUUCUUUCACAUGGUACCGAUACCAAUAAUGCAUAUAUGAGUGACGAUUCUAAGGUUGGGCAGAAAUCCUUUGCAAGAUUCAAGACAAACCAUUGCGAUUUCUUUACUCCGUUUAACCUCACUCGCAAAUCGCAAUUCGUAUCGAAUCUAUAAUCCUCGCUAUCUCCUUCGAUUUUGCCCCUUUUUCUGCAAAUCCUAACCCUAGUUUUCCCCAUGGCCAGCGACAACGAAGAACGUAAGCAUCGUCGUUCCUCUGACGACGAAUCUGAAGAACCCUCGAAACGCCGUAAGCACCGCCAUCACCGCCGCCGCCACCACCGUCAUCAUAGUCGAAAGCACGACAAGCACGAAGACAGACGUGAAGAGGGCGAGGAAGAAACCACAAAUAUGCCUCCUCCUCCUCUUCCUCUUCUUCCGUCUGCUAAUUCUCAGCCCGAUUAUGACAUGGAAGAAGGAGAGAUUUUGGAAGAGGAUGGCGCUGAUGUCGGGGUGAAGAAGACUGCAGAUUCUGAUGCCGAGUCUGGAGAAAUCAAAAUGGAAACCCAUGGAGCUCUGGUCGUGCCCAACCAUAGUCAUGUUAAGGAGGAAAGUUUAAGCAAGGAGGAUAACAAUAAUGGGCAUAUGAGAAGCGUUUCCCCUGGUGGAAACGAUAACAUAAAAACCCUUUAUGAUGAGGAUCAUGAAACAAGGGCCCACAAAAAACAUCCAUCUAAUGACAACCAUUUGAAAACACAUAAAGACUCAUCAAGAAACCAUGCACAUGAAAGAAGCCGAGAAGAUGUUUCUACUACUAGUAGAUCUAGGUCUCAUGAGCAAGGUAGGGAGAGGUCACGUUCUAGAAGCAUUUCUCAUGGAGCAUCUCGCCUUGAAACACACAAAGAGGAUGUUGAGUAUUACACAAGCAGGAAACACAGUGGGGAUGCUGAUAGUGAAAGGACAAAUAAGCCCUCGAAGGACUACAAACAUGGGAGUAGAGAUUUGAUAAGGGACAAAGAAAGAGAGCGUAGUUCUAGUCGUAGCAGACAUAGUCUACAAGUAGAUAAGCAUCACAGCAGGGAUCCUGGAGAGAGAAUUAGAGAGGGCAGCAGAGAUAGGGAGAGAGAUAGAGAUAGAGGGAGAGAUUUGAAAGAGAUUGAGAGAGAUAGAAUGAAAACAAGACAAAUAUAUAAGAGUUUCAAAAAGUUCACAGUUGUUUAUGAAUGUAAUUAUGGUGCUUUUAAUGGUAAGUUGUGA